UUGACUUUGACAUACGCUUUGGUGAUUUAAACUAAAGCUACUGUAGUUCAAAUGCUUACAUGUUUGUUUUGUAAGUUAAAAAUCGUUUUUCUUGAAAAUAUUAGACAAAUUUUCGAAUAAAAAUGCUGUUUUCGGCUGAAAUAACCGAUUUUAAAAUAAUAUACAAUGUUUUGAAAGCCAUAGCUUUCAAGGAUAAUAUAUUAUUUAGACCUAUGGAAGAAGGAUUGAAAUUGACUCUAGAGGAAAUGAAUUACAUAGAAAUAUCUAUAUACAUUCCUAGUUCGAUAUUCUCCUCGUACAACGUAGAUUCCAACGAUGAAAUCAUAUUCAAAAUAAGUCUGAAAAAGUUUGUCGAAGUAUUAAAUAUGUUUGGAGAUGAAGGAAACCCGAACAUUAAAUUAACAUACGCUUCCACGGGAGCUCCUUUAUGUAUAGUAUUAACAAACAGUAAUAUCGAAGAGAACAUUACAGUCGAUUGUGAAAUUCAAACACUCAAUUUACACGAUUUUCACGACAUAAGUUUGGCGGAAGAAUGCAAUACCAAUAAAAUCGUAGUAAAUGCAAGCAUUUUAGUCGAGCUACUAAGCAGAUUAAACAAUUCAGCGGAUGAAUUAAAAGUAACUUUGAGUCCGGAUCAACCGUAUUUUACUCUAACCGCAACCGGUAUAUCUGGGAAAUCUGAAGUAAGCAUUUCGAAAAAUUCGCAAGAAGUAACUGUUUAUCAAUGCCAAACCACAACAUCGGCAGUGUAUUGCUUCAACAACAUUAAGCAUGUAUUAAAAGUGAUGGCGUAUGCUGAUAAAGUUUCCAUUUCAACAGGAGAAUCCGGAUUGUUAAGGCUACAAUUAGUUAUGAAUUCCGAAGAUCGUCAAAUGUUUGUUGAAUAUUAUGCAACUUCUCAGUAUAUGUGAUAGGUUUCAAGGUUGCCAGAUGGUAGAAUUUUUCCCUAAAUUUUCAUACAUGAUGCCUCUAGUGAAGAGCCCUACUCUCCACAUGUAGAUAACAAAUUUUCUACAAAACUAGUUUAAAUAAACCAAUUAAUUUAUUUGUAGACGAGUCUAUCUGUGAUUAUAUUGUAUAAUUUUUAUUUAUCAACCAAAAGAAAC